CAUCUCUAUAAAGACACUCUGUAACCUCAAAAACAUGAUUUGUUUACUUCUACGGCGGUCCGGAUUUCUUAAUUCCUGCAAAUUAAUUAGUAAACAGAUUGACAAGCCCGCGUUAAACACACCUGCUAUCAAUGCACACCUGCUGCAUACCAGCAUACCGCGGCGGCAUGGCGAGUACGAGUGGCAGGAUCCCAAGUCUCCCGAGGAAAUUGUAAACAUCACUUAUGUGGACAAGGACGGCAAACGCACCAAGGUCCAGGGCAAGGUGGGCGACAAUGUCUUGUACUUGGCCCAUCGCCACGGUAUCGAGAUGGAGGGCGCCUGCGAGGCCUCAUUGGCCUGCACCACCUGCCAUGUGUAUGUGCAUCAUGACUUCCUGCAAAAGCUGAACGAGGCCGAGGAGAAGGAAGACGAUCUGCUGGACAUGGCACCGUUCCUGCGCGAAAACUCCCGCCUCGGCUGCCAGAUACUGCUCGACAAGAGCAUGGAGGGCAUGGAACUGGAGCUGCCCAAGGCCACCAGGAACUUUUACGUGGACGGGCACAAGCCCAAGCCGCACUAGCUGAGCUCGCAAGUCAUUAUUGUUACACCCUUAGUAGAAGUAAAUAUAUACGACUGUUGAAAUACCAA